AUGGACGUGGGGUCCUGCCACCUCGGCGGCAACGCCGACGCGGUGGAGUUCUGCCCGCACCGCCCCUUCCGCCACAUCCUGGCGGCAGCCACGUACACGCUGCAGGAGCAGGCGGGAGAGGAGCAGCAGCAGCAGGACCGCGCGGGCACCGUAUCGCUCUUCUCCGUGGACGCCGGCGCGGAGGACAAGUCCCGACGGCUCCGGCUGCUCAACACGGUGGAGACCGCCGGCGUCUUCGACAUGAAGUGGAGCCCCACGGCGCCGCUGCUCGCGCAGGCCGACGCCCACGGACGCCUCGUGCUCCGGCGCCUCCAGCAUGAAGACGGCUCGGACGAAGGUGUUGUUCUAACAGAUGUGGUUGCUGGAAACAUUUCUUCAUCAAUGUGCUUGUAUGUGGACUGGAACCAAAAUGCCGAUUCCCUGGCCGUUGCAUUAUCAGAUGGUUCACUGUCUGUGGUUCCCAUGAGAGAGGACCGCCUGGAGGUAUCAGAACAAUGGACUGCUCAUCAGUAUGAAGUUUGGACAUGUUAUUUCGAUCGUGCAAGACCACACUUGUUGUACAGUGGAUCGGACGACUGCUCUUUCGGUUGCUGGGAUUUGCGGGAAAGCCCAUCGAAUGCUGUGUUUCGGAAUAAGAAGACUCAUACUAUGGGUGUGUGUUGCAUUGCUUAG